UGCGUUUAGAGAACGUGCUGUGAUUGGUCAGCGUAUCUCCUGGUUACCAGCCCUCGCUGAGCGCGACAACACACAGACGCUCGUGCUGCACACAGAAGGGCGAUUUCAGCUGAGAAAUGUCAUGGACUGAGCUCAGGAGGAGCAGGGGAGGGAAACACUCCUCGGCCGAGGAGAAGCUGGAUGAAUAUUUAAUCAACCUGCAGCACAAAAACAGAGCGUUGAGAAGACUGCAGAGGAAAGACCCUCGCCAGGCAGAGUUGGAGAUUUUGGAGCAGGGCUUCAAUCUGUACAUCAAUGGUGCUCAUGUCAGCGCUGCUAAUGCGCCUCAGAACAGCCGAUCCAGCAGGACACCCAUCCAGCCUUCAGUAGCGGCACAGAGAAACACACACACUGCAGAUUCCUCCAGAGAGAAGUGUGCGGUCGAUCGACAGAAACAGAGGAGCCACACGGCGCCUGAGAAGGCACAGAGACGACGAUGGGUGCAGGAAUCCGUGUACAUCUGCGCUGAGAAAGGGAAAAAAGUGAAGAUUUCAUCAGAGCACAGAUACUCCGAUGACUUUGAGCCGUGCGAGAGUGCAGAUAUGGAGUCUGCUCAUGACGGCAGUAAAGCGUCACGUUCGGUCGCCCUGAGGUCACGCAGCGAGCUGGAGCCUGUCAACAGGGUUCUUCUGAAUGCUGACCAGGUCAAGGCCCUGCGACGCAGCCUGGAGGUGAGCGUCAGACGCAGCAAUCGAGACUCAGCUGGAGAGGAGUCAGAGGAGGAAUGGAUCGAGGAGCAGAUCGAGAGAGAGGAAAGCAGCGACAGUCUCCCUGACCUCACACUUCCUGCCCAACCCACAAGCCAGCCAAUCAGCAAGCAGCUCAGCCAUGGUGACCUCAUCAUGCUGGAAUUCAGCCCUUCCUCGCAAGGUGGGCGAAAGACCGAACACUCUCUCUCAGCUAAAAGAAAGGACAACGUGGAGUCGUACAUCUCUACCAAACCAGUCACCGUCAGGAGAGAGACACAGAGAACAUCUGCUAGCAGACAGGAGAAGUCACGGACGUGCAGUCGUGUAGAGCGCCCCCUGUCUGCGGCUCGUAAGAUGCAGGAGGAGCGAGAUUCAGAGGAAACGGCUGCCGGCGUGUUUCAGGCUCUUCAGAGAGAGAACUCACCGCUGCAAACACACCGCCAGGAGAGGAGCAUGGCCCAACACACGCCGGAGGAGGAAGAUGAUGAUGAUGAUCAGAAUCGGGUUAUCAAAGCUAUGCGGAGGAUCGCUCUCAUGGAACCAAGGCAGCAGAAGUGUUUGUUAAGAGCUCUAGAGAGGAUCGAUGCUGACGAUCAGUCUGAUGUCACGGACAGCAGCAGCUUCUCUCUGACUGAGGUGACGCCCACUUUCUACGUUACCAUGGAGAUCCUGUCAAACUGGGGUCACCCGGGUCAGGUGGGGCUCACAGAGGUUCAGUUCUUCUGUCCACAAAAUCGCAAACUCUACGUGUCUCCGCAUGACCUGGACAUUCGCAACACGGACCAGCCCGGGAAUCUGGCUGCCCUCGUCAACGGAAAAACUAAAACCACAAAAGAGCGUCAUAUGUGGGCUUGUCCGUUCCAUCCACCCGUCCAGCUGUAUUUUAUCAUCAGGAAUGUGGAACGAACUCCGAACUUUAACAUCUCUCGGAUCAAAAUUUGGAAUUAUAACCACAGCCUUAAUGAUCUGGACGUCGGUGCGCGACAUGUUCGCUUGUAUGUGAACAGCACUCUGGUGUUCGAGGGUCAGUUGGAGAAGGGCUGUGGGAACCAGGUCUUUGACUACAGCAGCUCCAUUGAGCUCCAGGAACCACAUCUCCCAGAGUGCACCUCUCCAAGCCCUGUCUCUUCAGGACACAGUCUGCAAGACUGCAGCCCACAUGACCCGGAGCCUCAGGAGUCGAAUGCUGGUGUUUCAGUGGUAGAAACAAGCCAGGACAAAUCUGACCCAGUUAACCCUGGCAGCUGUGCGGCAGAAAUGCAGAGAGACUCUCUAGAGAGAGACGACUCGCCUCCUCUGGACCUCAUGUUACCCGCUGGCCGGCCGGAGGCGAUGAAGACGGUGACCACGCAGCCGUCCUCCAGUCGGAUUCCACAUUGGCUCCAGGCGCCGAAUCGAACCGCAGUGGACGAGGCCGAAGCAUCUCGGGAUCAAGAGCGUCCUCAGUGGCUCCAGUCGCAGAAUACAGCCAAAUCCAAACACUCAGUGCUGCCUGACAUCUCGUGCAACCCCGUGCGCUCCUGCAAAGAGGCCUCCAGCAACAAAGCCCUGCAGAGAACAGCGUCCGGCGAAUUCAGUUCUGAUUCACUGGAUUUGGAUCCUGAUCUGGGACUGAAUUACAGCAUGCGGACAGAGCAAGAACCGCACUCAGAGCAGCACUUGAGCGAUCGGUUGGACCGGGGUUUGGACCUAUGGGAUGAGCGGUUUGAGAGGACAGAGCGGCCCAUCAGUGGCAGGAGAGGUUCAGUGCGGUCUGUAAACAGAACACAACCGGACCGCAGCAGCGACUUCACCUCAACAGAGGAAAGCAGCCCGGCGUCCGUCCGUAACAGGAGACAGAAACCUCACUGGUGUGAACCGGAUGACCCGUUAAUGGAAUCCUGGGACUCGCUGACGAAGUUUAAUCAGUGUCAGCGCGGGCGGAUCUCCAACAUGGGGCUGGAGGGAGAUAUUUUCGACGAGUUUGUUCAGCGCCAGUCCCGUCCGACACCCGUCUCCACCCGACGCCCCUCUGCUCCGGCGCUCCCUGAUUCUGACGACCCCGAAGACGACCCUCGCGACGAGGACUUCGAGAUCCCGGUUCUCCCGCAGGGUCGCCACCUCGUCAUUAACAUCCUGUCCACGUGGGGCGACCGUCACUACGUCGGCCUCAACGGCAUCGAGAUCUUUUCCUCCAGCGGUGAGCCGGUCACACCGGUCCACAUCACGGCCGACCCGCCGGAUAUCAAUAUCCUGCCGGCCUACGGGAAAGACCCGCGCGUCGUUACUAACCUGAUAGACGGAGUACACCGGACGCAGGACGACAUGCACCUCUGGCUGGCCCCGUUCACUCCGGGUCGCAAACACGUCAUCAGCAUGGAUCUGGGUGUGAGAUGCUGCCUGGCGAUGAUCCGAGUCUGGAAUUACAACAAGUCCAGGAUCCACUCGUUCAGAGGAGCGAGAGAAAUGGAAAUGUCUCUUGAUGGUCGUUGUGUCUUCCGAGGGGAGAUCGCCAAAGCUUCUGGAACGCUUUCAGGAGCACUGGAUCAGUUUGGCGAUACUAUCCUGUUCACCACGGAUGAUGAGAUCCUGGAGGCCAUGGCGCGGUAUGAUGACACGUUCGGGAGUGAGAUGGAGAUGUGCGGGUCGGGCGUGGAGGAAGAGGAGCUGCAGCGGCCGCGGACGGCUGACGGUGAAGGAGAGGAGAGACCGUUCACACAGGCCGCGUUCAGGAAGGAGGACACACACACUCGUAUGGAUGUGGACCACAUCGCUGCAGCUGAACUGUGUGCUGAUACUGGAGAGGAAACAACAGGCCUCUAUACUGGCAGUAUUCUGCAGCUGAAUCUGCUGUCGUCGUGGGGGGACCCUCACUUUGUGGGUUUGACGGGGUUCGAGGUCGUCGGUAAGGGCGGUGAGAGUAUUCCUGUUGAUGUCUCUAUGGCAACAGCGUCACCUCGUGACCUCAACGACCUCCCCGAGUACAGCAACGACCUUCGAACUCUGGACAAGUUGUUUGAUGGGAUGAACAUCACCACAGAUGAUAAACACAUGUGGCUGAUUCCCUUCACGUCCGCUUCUGAUCACACACUCACUGUACGCUUCGGCCGGCCGCAGACGAUCGCCGGAUUCAGAAUAUGGAACUACAACAAAUCGCCUGAAGACUCUUACAGAGGGGUGAGAGUGAAAUCUGGGCUCUUUGUGCAUGUGUUCCUGGACGGCGUGUGUAUUUCUCCAGUCGGGGGGUUUCUCAUUCGCAAGGGUCCGGGGAAUUGCCACUUUGACUUCGCUCAGGAGAUUCUGUUCAUAGACUACCUACAGUCCACCCAUAACAGAUCACUCACUACAACCAGCAAAAACACAGAGGACACACACGCGCACUGGGGUGGGAACCGGAGAGAUGAGCUGGCCAGUAUGGACUAUGAGGCUCCGUUGAUGCCAUGCGGAUUUAUCUUCCAGCUGCAGUUGUUGACGACGUGGGGCGACCCGUACUACAUCGGCCUUAAUGGACUGGAGUUCUAUGACCAGAAUGACCAGAAGAUCCCACUCAGUGACAACAACAUCGCUGCGUUCCCUGACAGCGUGAAUGUGUUAGAGAGCGUGUGUGGUGACGUCCGCACACCUGAUAAACUGAUAGAUGGGGUCAAUAACACACAUGACGGGCAACACAUGUGGCUCGCACCGGUGCUACCUGGACUGGUGAACCGUGUCUAUGUCAUCUUUGACCAGCCAAUGACAGUCUCCACGAUUAAAUUGUGGAACUAUUCCAAAACACCUCAGCGAGGAGUCAAGGAAUUUGGGCUCCUAGUCGAUGACCUGUUAGUGUAUAACGGGGUUUUAGAGUGUGUGAAGAACGUUUCCCGAGGAAUUCUGCCAACCUUGGAUCCUGUCGUUCCUUAUCACACCAUAGUGUUCACAGUGAACACGCAGAUCACACACCGAGAGAAGAGCACUAUUAUCAGCAACCAUGUGGAGGACCAGGAUGUGAAAUUGACCAAUGAGAAACAAAUUAUUCACCAGCACAAGAAGAAACAGACAGCGGACCCAGCUCUGCGGCCUAAAACCUGCAUGACGGAUGUACGGAAACACGGAAAGCAGCCAUACUGAGAGAAGAUGGCAGGGGUCAGGGAUUUUGAAAACAGGUUUUUUUUUCUUUUUCCCCUUUGGGAAUAUUUGGAAAACUCGGUAACCUCAACACACACACACACACACUCAAACUGUAUGAUAAAGCUGUAUAUUUGUUUUUGCUAUGAGGUUGUUGUAUUAUAUAUUUUAGUUUUUUUUUUUAUUAUUAUAAGUAAGUGUCCUUUGACCAUGUCAUGUGAUUCUGGAUGGAAGUUAUUGCAUAAUAACAUGCACACCAGUACAUUUCUUGUUUUCAUGUCCGGUUCACUUGUGAUAAUCAGAGUUUGUAGCUUGUAUGUCCUGCAGCCAUAUAUAAACAGUCUAAUUGUCCAAUAUAUUAGUAACAUGAAGUGUUUACAAUAUUUCAGAUUUACACCGUUUCUAAGUCUUUCACUGUCCUUUCAAAACACUUUUACAAAUAUUAUGCAAAUACUGCCAGUUUACCUCAUAUUAAAGCCACUGUAAUUAUUA